AAACCUCUCUUUGUAAUUGUAAUUUCACCUUAACAAAAUACUGUAGUAUCGAAGAGCAACGAAAUUGAAUUUCUCAAUCAGAACUCUAAUUUUGACGAAAUGUUAGAAGCAGAAGAAGAAAUUAUCCUGCGCCACAAUCCAAAAUGGAAGAAACCUUCCAUAAUUAGUUUUUUGGUUUCCUUCAUCUCAGUUUCUUUCACACAAUUCUCCUUUUCUUUGCUCUCUCUCUUCCUCCCUACUUCAUCCUUUCUCUCUCUUCUUCCUCUCUCAGCUGUAUUGCUCGUAGUUGUGAUGGGGAUGGUGAGAUUGUGCAAGAGGGUUACUGGAGUGAGGGCUUCGGCGCCGGCUUUUGUCUUCUUCAGCAUUCUUUUCGUCUGGGCUAUUUACAUAUAUGUGGUUCGCCGAGUUAUUUCAUCUUUCUUGGACAUUGUAAUGAACAUGGAAAUCAUCAUGGUGUUAAUCGGCCUAUGCCGUAUUAUGUUAUUGGACCCUGGCUUUUUAGCCCAUCAUUCUCGCGCUCACCUAUAUGUCCAGAAUUCUAUUGACGAAAUUGAAUCCCAGGGAGAGGAGUUGAAAGUUUCACCUUCUGUUGCACAUCAAGAGUCCCAAGCUGAAGAAGCAUUUACAAGAUACAGGAGGGUAAGAUAUUGCAGGUACUGCAAGAAUUAUGUUAUGGGAUUCGACCAUCAUUGUCCAGCAUUUGGAAACUGUAUAGGUAAAAGAAAUCAUGCUCUUUUUAUAGUGCUCAUUGUUGGUUUUGCGAUAUCUGAGGCUUCUUUUGUAGUAUGUGCUUCUCAGUUUACAACCAAGUCUGAGACCUCAAAAGAUGUUGGAGAGAAGGCUCUUACAUCCAGAAAUUUGGUUGUUGGUACAUCAUUGUUUUGCGUGAUUCAAGUGCUUUGGCAGGUGGUAUUCAUAAUUUGGCACGUCUAUUGCGCAUGUUUUAACAUCAAAACCGACGAAUGGAUCAAUUGGAAAAAAUAUCCAGAAUUCCAGAGUAAAGUCGUACCCCAUGAGGGCCAGCCCCAGCCCGACGUACAAUUCAUUAACCCUUACGACAAAGGAAUUAUAGGAAAUCUGAAGGAGUUCUUUACAGCAAAUGGAUAGCUUGCUUGCAGAUUGGGAUCAUCAUCCAUCGAAAGCUCUUAGCAUAUCGAUCUUUUACGUAGUGCAUAAAGCUAAAACGGGAAAGCCCGUCACACUUGUCAUGGAGACCGACCCUUCAAACUUCAGGAACGGAUGAUGCCCGAUCGUGAUGAGGUUCGUAAAUCCAUGAAACUGGGGGUUGGAUGUUUUUCACCGUUGAGGCGGACAUCGUUGGACGGACUCGUAGGCCGAUGCUCGAUCCAAUGCGGACAAAUAAGUCAGUUAUGAAUCGAAUCAAAGGUGCAAUGCCUUCAAAACAACACAUACUUUUGUAGUCCCCUUGAAUGAAUCAUUCAAGAAUUGGCAUUUAUUGAAUCUUUACGAGUCUUGUUUUUUUCCUAUCAUUUCUUGCACAGGUAAGCCCCAUGGCGACAUGGAGACGCUGACAGGCUGCAAUUUGUGGAAGAGUUUUAUUUGUUUUGCGUGUUGCAAAUUGUAACAGCAACGAGUUUUAAAGAACAAGUGUAUUUUCGAAGAUAUCUUUUUCGGAAAAUUCCACUUUAUAUCC